AUGGUGGAUAUUAUUUUUCAUUAUCCUUUUCUGGGUGCUAUGGGGGAUCAUUCCAAGAAGAAGCCCGGGACCGCCAUGUGCGUGGGCUGCGGGAGUCAGAUCCACGACCAGUUUAUCCUGCGGGUGUCGCCCGACCUGGAGUGGCACGCCGCCUGCCUCAAGUGCGCCGAGUGCAGCCAGUACCUGGACGAGACGUGCACGUGCUUCGUGAGAGACGGGAAGACCUACUGCAAGCGGGACUAUGUCAGGCUGUUCGGCAUCAAGUGCGCCAAGUGCCAGGUGGGCUUCAGCAGCAGCGACCUGGUGAUGCGGGCGCGGGACAGUGUGUAUCACAUCGAGUGCUUCCGCUGCUCCGUGUGCAGCCGCCAGCUGCUGCCCGGCGACGAGUUCUCGCUGCGGGAGCACGAGCUGCUCUGCCGCGCCGACCACGGCCUCCUGCUGGAGCGCGCCGCGGCCGGCAGCCACAGACCUGAAGCACCAGGCUCUACACCAGGCUGAGCCUCUGGUCCCCCUGUCCUCGCAGACCCCGGGUCGGGCCGGCAGCCCUCGCUGCGCGCGCACGUGCACAAACAGACGGAGAAGACAACCCGCGUGCGGACGGUGCUCAACGAGAAGCAGCUGCACACUCUGCGGACCUGCUAUGCCGCCAACCCGCGGCCCGACGCGCUCAUGAAGGAGCAGCUGGUGGAGAUGACCGGCCUGAGCCCACGGGUCAUCCGCGUCUGGUUCCAGAACAAGCGUUGCAAGGACAAGAAGAAAUCCAUCCUCAUGAAGCAGCUGCAGCAGCAGCAGCACAACGACAAGACGAGCCUCCAGGGAUUGACCGGGACGCCCCUCGUGGCGGGCAGCCCCAUCCGUCACGAGAGCGCUGUGCAGGGCAGCGCAGUCGAGGUGCAGACGUACCAGCCACCGUGGAAAGCCCUCAGCGAGUUUGCCCUCCAGAGUGACCUGGACCAACCCGCCUUCCAGCAGCUGGUCUCCUUCUCUGAGUCUGGCUCGCUAGGCAACUCCUCCGGCAGCGAUGUGACCUCCCUGUCCUCGCAGCUCCCGGACACCCCCAACAGCAUGGUGCCGAGUCCCGUGGAGACGUGAGAGGACCCCAUCCUCUCCAGCCCGCGGACCUCGCAUGCUCCCUGCAUGAGAUUCACCCAUGCUCAAGCCAUUCCAGCUCCGAAAACUUUCUCUCGCCUUUGUAAUUAUUAUUAUUGUUAUUUAAAGAGAGAGGACAGAGAAGCGGUCAGGACAGCCCAAAGCUCCAGGAUACAACCUGCUUUCACCAGACCGGAGAGCCCUGCUCCAAGAACUUUUAUUUUUUCA